UAAAAUAAUGGGUAGCAGUGUGACUGGAUAACUCCAUACAGAGCCUCCGUUACUUGGGCCGAGUAGAGUGACCUUACCCAGCGCGGGACAGUUGUCAGUCUGUCAGUUCCGUCCAAGUUUCUUCAGUUUUCUUAGGAUUUCUCAAGACAGCGUUGCUGUGGUUGGAGGGAAAGUCCAGAUCAUGAUAUGAUUGUGCGAUCUCAGAGUGGUGUUUUGUGCCGGAACAAAGGCCUUGGAAAGCUAUGAGUCUAGAGGACCUUACCAUGAGCUACAACACUGAUAAGAAACUUCAGGUGAGCAAAGCAGAGAGACAAGACCGGAAAAACGUCCUGCCAUUCCUAAAGCCUCUUCCACCUUCCAAACAUGGGGGAUCACACCACCCAACCCACCGGCUCCAUGGCAAUUCACAACACAGUGCCAAGAACUCUUUCCACAAUAAAUUUGUCUCAGGGGUCACCCACCUGCCUCAGAUCCACCUGGAUCACCAGAACACAUCGGGCUCCAAACACGGGACCGCGGGCGUUACCGGGGACAACAUCCUGCCGCAGCUAGGGAAGACAGGGUUCCAGAAUGGAGAGAUCCCCAGAAUAUCCCGGCAAGCCACCAUGGUGGCGAAGGACGCCGACAGAAGACGGAUCCUCAGUUCACAGAGAAGUAAAUCACCAUUAACACCGGGAGAGGCCUUGAAGUUCUACAAGGGCAAACUAACAGGGUUCGAACAGUCUGAAAUCCUAGACUACAACGAGGUCUGGUUUGUUGGAGCUGAGGCGCGGAAAAUCGAAGGCAUCCAGGGCUCUCCGCAAAACAACGGCUACGAUGACGAAAACGGAUCCUACCUCAAAGUUAUACACGACCAUCUGGCAUAUAGGUACGAGGUACUGGAGGUUAUUGGGAAGGGGUCAUUUGGGCAGGUGGUGAAGGCCAUCGACCACAAGACAGGGGAACACAUUGCAGUCAAAAUCAUCAGGAAUAAAAAAAGAUUUCACCACCAGGCGCUGGUGGAAGUGAAGAUUUUAGAUGCUCUGCGCAGGAAGGACCGUGAUGGUACCAUGAACGUCAUCCACAUGGUGGAGUACUUCUACUUCAGGAACCACUUGUGCAUCACUUUUGAACUCUUAGGAAUGAACCUGUAUGAGCUGAUUAAGAAGAACAACUUCCAGGGCUUCAGUCUGGCGCUGAUCCGCCGGUUUGCUCAUGCCCUGCUGCAGUGUAUGAAGGUCCUGUACAAGGAGAGGAUCAUACACUGUGACCUAAAACCUGAAAAUAUCCUGUUGAAAUCAAAGGGUCAAAGUGCAAUCAAGGUUAUAGACUUUGGAUCAAGCUGUUAUGAAUUUCAAAGAGUAUACACGUACAUCCAGAGCAGAUUUUACCGCUCCCCUGAGGUCAUACUGGGAAUCCCCUACAGCAUGGCUAUAGACAUGUGGAGCUUCGGCUGCAUCCUGGCAGAGUUAUACACUGGUUACCCGCUGUUCCCCGGAGAGAACGAGGUAGAACAGCUGGCCUGUAUCAUGGAGGUUCUGGGACUGCCUCCCAUGAGACUCAUCGAUGAUGCUCAGAGGAGAAGGCUGUUCUUUGACUCUCGAGGCCAGCCGCGCUGUGUGACCAACAGUAAGGGCAAGAAGAGAAGACCCAACAGUAAGGACUUGGCUCAGGCCAUCCGCACAAGUGAUCCGCUCUUUGUGGACUUCAUCAGGAGAUGCCUCGAAUGGGACCCUAACCUGAGAUGGACCCCAGAGGAGGCCAUGAAACACGAGUGGAUCACGGACGGCAAGCUGCACAAGACUCGCUCCCAGGUGCAGACCCGUAAGGUCAUCCACUCCAAGGGUCAUCCCAGCCACGGGAUCAGCAGCAAGAGGAGCACAGCUGAGUCCAGCGAACAUCAUACCAAACAUGACAAACUAAAGAGAGAAAAGACAGAUGUGUCCAAGUUGAAGGAGAAAGAAGGGCCGCCAUUGGCUACAGAGGAAAGACUUCAACCAAUAGGAGCUGUUGAUCCAGCACCAGCAGAAGUAGCUGUGGAAGAGAAAGACAAGAAACAAGAGCCAAUCACGGUUGACAACUUCCCAGCAAAGAACAAAGUCACGAGCAAUUCCAAGACAAACGAGGUUCCGUCCAAGGAGAACACCUUCUCAGAAUCCGAGACGACAACCACGGUGACGUCAUCCGAGACGAUAGGAACAGAAGAGAGCAACAGCGCAGAACAGACAACCGAGAAAUUCCUACCACCACUUGUAUAGCACUUUCUGUGACAACUUGUAAAUAGAAAUGUUUUAAAGGUGUAAGAUAUUAUGUCUCAGUCAAAAAGGACACGAAACUUCAUGUAAAAUGUUAUAAAAAGUUUCUACCUAUCUGCCUAGUCCCUUGACCUCUAGGUCAUUUAGGGGGCAAGGUAGCCAUUCCCUUAUUGGUUUUAUUCCAGCCAAAUUGAAACUUUAAACUUUACACAAAAGUUAAAGAAAAUCUAGUCUUUUGAUUAUACAGAACUCAGCUUUAACUUCACAAUUUAGCAGUAACUGGUCUCCUCAAGAAUUAUUGCUGUAGUUUUAUUAUUAUUUAUUCUUUUUUGUUAAAAACAAAGAAAACUUAACACAGUUUUAACACAAACUAAAGUCUACCACAUGACAAAUGAGGUUAUAACCUCUUUGACUUGACUGAGACAUUUACCAUUUUUAAGAUGCAAUUUGAGGAAAAAAAGGUUUUAGUUUUGUUUUUAUCACAUGCACAACUGCUGCUAUGUUCUACUGGUCUAUGCAACUUGACCAAUUGUCCACUUGUAGAUGCUGAGAUUUUAGCAUUCUAUUUAUAAUCAGAAAUGUGCGUGACUGUACAUAUGCAUGAGAACAAUCUUAUGCUGUAUAUCAAAACCUGUCUUUCUUUUUUGCCUUAAAUUUUCUUGCUUGAAGCAACUUCUUGCCAAACAAAAAAAAUUGAUCCCUCCAAACAGUAUACAGUAUAUCCGUCCUAUAAUUCAAUAUUUUAUCCUGUAUACUCAGAUAUGACUUGUUCCGUCCUAGAUAGGUCUAUUGUAGUUCUUUAUAUGAACUAAUAACUUUUUGUAAUGAAACAGUACUACAUUGUAUUAGAUUAGUCCUUUCAUCUACGUGAUUUCGUACAACUUUACUGUAAAAAGUCUGACAAAUGCUGCUAAACAAAAGUGCACAAUGUAUGACAUAAGUAUGAUGAUAAAUCAAAGUAUUGUCAAAAAUAGUUCUGGCAAUAUAGACAUAUGUUUCACAUUUUUUGCAGUAGGAAGAAUUAGAUACUGUUUCAGACUAUUUAUAACCUUGAUAUAAUUGUAAAUUUCACUUAUAGGACAGCAUAUUCCUUUAUGAAUAUGCUUCGCAGUAGCAAUAUAUUAUUACUUGCAGUUGAACAGCACUUUGUAAUGUUGUAAUGUUUAAUACUUGUGUGAGUGUUCUGAAUUUUUACAAUGUAUAUAGUAGUAUUGUUGUAUAGAGAGAGUUGAUAACAACCCCACUAUUAUUCAUAAACUGAUGCAGUCCUAUUAUAGUGGGAAUUUUCUGACUUUGCACAAGAUUUUGCACAACUUGUUCAGUAUUUGUGCAAUAGGAACAGAUACAUUGACUAAGUACCAGUUUUCUUUUCUUAGAUAUAUUCAAGCCUAGAGAUUCCUUUGAAGUUUGUAAUUGACAAGCAAAACAUACAACCAGGCAAUACUUGGACACAAACUAUAGGUUUCAAUUAUUACUUAUUACUAGUAUUAUUCAAUUAUUCAAUAUCUAGUUCUUGCUUCAUGGUAAAGACUAAAAUGCAGAAUCUUUUGCAAACAAAUGAUUAAGAUUAUUCCGAAAUGCUUGUCAGUACAUAUUAAUAGCCUAAGGCCAAGUAAUGGGCGUUAUUGGAUUCCUCUACUUUUCACUUUUCAAAAACAUACCAACCAUAUUAUAUUUCAUUGCUGUUGUUUGUUGCAGCACCAUGUAAUGAUUACUUGUUGUAUCAAUGUAUACUAUGUGUUGGCGAGAUUCCGUCCUUAAAAAAGUUUGUUUCAAACAUACCGUCCAUUGGUUUGUAAACAUUCCGUCCGUCAGUUUGAACCAUUCUGUCCAAUAAUGUGCCUUGUUACUCUAACCGUCCAUUGGAAGAAAACUGAAUAGCCGAACAAACCA